AUGGAACAAUGGCGUGAACGCGGAUAUGUUCCUGACUCUGAUGAAGGAGAAGAAUUUGAUAGUCAGGAGUUACUUGGUGGUGGUGGACCAGUGAUUGCUGAUGAUGACGGUACAAACAUUGAGGAAACCGGCUGUGAGAUUCAGCAACAUGGAGAUAGAGGAGGGGAUGUGGCUGAAGAAGAAACCCAAAGGGAAGAUGAGGGUGGGAUAGGUGGAAGUUCUCAGCGUACUCAGAUCCCGAGCGAGGAGGAUCUUGAUACAGACCCGCUACAGGAUUACCAGACUCUCUUGCAAACAUUUCUGAGUCCGAGCAAGGAACGGAAGCGGAGACCCGAUGGCUCUGAAAAUGUCGAGAAUGCCAUUUCCCAGCUAGAACCGCCGUCAUCUCCGGAUGAGCUACAAUUUGAGGAAUUCCGCUCGCAGCCACCAUAUACACCCCUCGCCAAAAAGACUGUACCAGACGAUGAUAUGCUUCUUGAUAGCCUAAACUCAUCUCCAUUAUCAUCUGUACCACCAGUUCUGAACUCUCCUCUCUCCAGGGAAGCGUCAUUGGCACCACCACAAAAUGAUACCGAGACCCUGCCGCUACAGCAACAGGAAACUGUUCAGCCUAAUGAAGGAGACAUUGACAUGAAUGACCUUGGUCUUUUGGAAUUACAGAACCAGAGCCAUCGGAGGGCACUAAGGCAGCGAAACGCAAUUCAGCUGCAUCCUUAUAUGCUGGAGAAUGCCCAGUAUCGAUCACUGUUGAGGAAUAGAGGUGUGCAACCUGUACGGAUUCCUAAUGACGAGCCGCAACCCCAUAACAACACGGGGGAAAGUCAAAGCUUUGACUCCCAGGAUGAAAAUGUUCCUCCAUCAAGUAGUCCUUCUUACCUUCCGCCUUCUUCGCCUGGUAAUUACGAUCAGCCGGCUUUGAGCCAGUCAUUAAGUGACCCUGAUCAAACUAGGCAGAGAGAAGAGUUGAGAGUUCUCCAUGAUACCAAUUCCCAACUUCGUUCAACCAGGCCUAACAAGGUGGGAAACAAACGACGUAAGAUUUCUCAUAUUAUGGAUAGUCAUCUUUCCCGGAACUCAACCCAGAACGCAGAGACUAGGCUGCAAGUUGUUAUAAAUACCAAUAGCAGCCCAAAAUCUCAGAAACAGGACGAUCUACAGAAGUUAUACGACAUCUUCGACGUACCUCCUUCUCCCCCCUCAUCCGGAGAAGGCUCUUCUACUCUUCCAAGAGACCCAGACACUUUUAGAUUUCCGCCUGGAUUCGCCCCUAACCUGUCAAGGAAUCAGCUGCAGACCCCGGUUUCUGAAAAAGUAACGCAAUUGGGCCCUCCUGAUAUUAUUUCUAGCGACUCUUCAUUGGUGAUUGAACCUGAGGAAGAGGACGUCACGCUAAUCGCAGAAGAGCCUGCUUACGGACAUUCAUCCGAUAGUCCUGAGGAAGAGGAAGAGGAAGAUUUAACUAUUAUUCGAGAUAUACAGCGCCGGAUAAAGGGGGUUCUGCCUGCUUCAUUUGCCAGACUUGAUCAUGGGAAGCAUGAGCAAUAUAGGAAACAAGCCGUUGAGAGGGAGCGUCGAAGAGCCUUGAACCCGGAACGAAGGACCGGCAAGGGAGUUGCACAGCCUGUAUCGCGGCGGGAAAGGACCGAGAACCAGCAGGAGACCCCUACUCGUACAAGGGGUUUCGAUCUGUUCAGCGAUUCUGAGUCUGACGAUGAUGCCACGCCAACCAGAUCAGAGCAGCAAAAGAAACGGGAAUUACUUGAACAAAAACGGCUCGAGCGUCAUUUUGGAUUAUUUGACGAUGAUGAUAUCCCAGAAGACAAUCGAAUUGAUUAUAUGGCACCCCCAACUUCGCGUCGAUCAACGUCAAAAAAGUCAUCCAGGGAAAAGCGCAAAGGCCAAUCCUCAGAGAGAAUUGAUGCUGAACCCAGGCCAAGCCGGCAGUCAAACCCUCAAAGGAAACGGCAGACAAGAAUCACCGAUUCCAUAGGCCACCGACGAAAAUCCAAGCCUAGCAAACCCCGAGCGCCAAAGCUGGGUAUCUUAGAUUCGGAGGAUGUUCGGGCUCAAUCUGUGAAUACACAGCCUCAAUUCUUACGAAUUGCAGCUAGGCAAGCGCGGUCACGCAAAGACAAGGGACGUCGAAGUCCAUCUCGCAAGGUAUUAAAACUGGCAACGAGGGCUGAUACGCGUGAUGCGAAUGCCUCAUUGCAUAACUGGAGGAGAGGAAAAUAUCAACCUACCCCUGGCAUUACCUCAGCACGCCCGAGGACGAUACCCAAGCCUCAAACCAGUGCCCAACCUUCACCAACCAUUUCAGGAGAAGACGAUGGAUCUGGAAAUCUCGCUAUACGGGCUUCAUCGAUACCUGGGGGAAACACUGAACCCAUAAUAAUUGACGAUGACGAUGACGAGAACUCAACUGAACAUUUAUCCUGUACCAAGCCAAAUAAAAGACAGCAAACCCAGAAAAAUAAUUGGGUGGUCCAACGCCCAUAUGGCAUAACAUCCUUUCAACGACAUGUUCCAAGGCCUGCGCAGCUAGAUAUUGAAGAUAUUCCCUCUCCCUUUCCUCAGCGGCCAUCUACGUUCCAUGGCACCCUUGCAGCUCUACGUAAGGCAUAUAAGACGUCAUCUCAACCCUUAACAUUGACAAGGUUCUUGAAUGAACCGCAACGUCCACAACCGCAACAGCCUACAGUAGAAGCUCCUGCUCCUAUUCCACAAAGUAUCUCGAGCCGUCCUGACAAUGAACCCAAGAAACAGCGAAUAUCCAAAAAGAAGAGCCAGCCCAAGCAUAUAAACGUCGAAACGGUUGAAUAUCGCCAACCCCCCGACUUUGAUAAUGGGAUUAGCGACACAGCUUCGUUUUUUCGUCCGGAAGAGGACGGCUUCACUGUACUUCCGGGUUUACACCGCCCUGAACGACCGUACCAGAUUGACUUUGAUACUCAUCCACUCUACAUUGGCACAUACUAUCACCAGUCUACAUUCAUUGGAAGUGGAAAAUUUUCCCGGUCCCUACGCCUAUAUCGAGACUUAGACAUCGACCAUGGUCAUUGCACUAUUCGACAUAUAGAUAAAAUUUACAAAUGGGGCCCCUGGAAUGAGACGGUGUCAUCAGAGCUAGGGGAGUUAUUUACUUCUAUAGCAUCGCAGACCAGCUCAAUAAGAGAUGAUGCGGGAGCUAUACCAACUUUUCCAAGUCAAGUACUGGGGCCUUACCAGGACAUUAUUUGCUAUGUUUCAGAGCAUAUGAGCUUCAUAGAUCCUGUCGAUCGCAUAGGCCUCAUUUCCAGGUGUACUGGUUUUGUUUCUCAACUAACCGAGACAUUUCUACCUAACCCAAACCAUGAAGUAAAUACAACUGCUCUCGCGGCUGGGGUUGAGAUGUUCAACCUGGUGUUUUUAAACCAAUUGUUACAGGUCUCAAAACAUGAAACUAUGGACUUGACCAGGGUUCGACCCGUUGUUGAGCUGAUGAAGCUCUCAGCACAACGGGUAAUGGAUUCCAUCCUAACCCCUGCUGGUGUACGAAACAUUCAACAAUUCCUGGAGGAUAACAGAAAGCUGGAGAUCCGUGAAACUGGCAUUCGGGAUGAUUAUCCAUUCGUCGAUGCAUUUGUGAUUGCUCAACACAUACUCCAGCAGAAAUCCGUCAAGGACAUGGGACUUCAAGUUCGGUUUUUGGAUCGGGCUACGGUUCUCCCUCACCAUAGUAUCCAAGACCUAGAACGAGCCUGGGAAGCAAUUUUUAUAUCCCUCCCUUUUCAAGAGCUUGACGAAUUGGGCAUUUUCCAACCUGGGCUACGGUUUCAACUACACAAUGAUCAGUGGCCUGUUGUCAAACAGUUGCUUUCCAAAAUCUUUGAAUCAUACCGGUCGAACGCCAAAGAGCACUGGAUCUCAUUAAACAAUUAUUUACGUACCCUUCUGCAUCGUUGUUUUAUUCUCAUCAAAGGCUGGGGCUGGAGGCACUGCAAACCUGCCCUCGAGAUGCUUUUUGACUUCUUCACCCGAAACUCGCUGUAUGACCUCGAGAAAGAGCCAGUGCAUGGGUCACCCCGGUUUCUUGAACGGCUUGAUUCUGAUCCAGUACUCGAGAUUGAAACGUCAGACAGUUGCUUCCGCAUGUUCUUGAAAAUCAUCGUGAUAGGAUUCAGGUAUUUGAACACUUUACUUGAACCAAAGCAGAUGCUUAACUUAGUUUGGCGUCUGCUACCUAAUCAUGGCCGGACAUACCCCAAAGAGAAUCCUUUACGCGUGGAGGAUUUGAAUGCGUUGAGAAAUCAUCAUGACCUUCUCUGUGCAUUAUACUGCUGUUCGCCCAAAGGAUCCCGGCCUCAUCUUUCCAUGAUUCAACGUCUAGUGCAUCCUCCUACUUCCCAUAGAGAUGCAUGCAGCAUCAACAUCCACUCUUGGUCAAGGCUGGCUAGAUUCACUCUUAUCAAGGAUGGAAAUACCGCGGACAUGGGCAAAUUUGCAGAAUGGCACGGCGAUUUUAUCACAGAAAUAUUGAAGCAACACUCUCAAGCUCGGAGUGAAAUAGAAGCAGAGGCCACAUCUGCCACCUUUUUCCCCCGUCAAUACAUUGAAGGUGCUAUUGCGAAGAAUGAGAGACACGCCGAAUCUCUAAUGAGCGAUGCUCUCGCCUGUAUGAAGUUAGCUAUAGAUGCGACUAGAGAUGCUGAUCAAGCAGGGCUAUUAAUGGAGAAAAUGCCUCUUGGAAGAAUAUUUGGGAUUUUCAAUCCUACGGUGAAAAGACGAGAUGUGGUAAUUUUCCAGGCUUUGAACGUCUUGAAUUCUUUCGCGAGAGCCGAUAGCAGGACUGCUGCAACGGUCAGCACGGCUGAGGGUCCAGUUGACCCAUCGGAAACUAAUGAAGAUAGUCAAGAUGACUGGCUUGAUCUAUGUCAGGACCAGUUAGAAGUCUCCAGUACCAGCUCAUCUUAUUUGAAUCGUGCGAUUGCCCCUGCAAUUGCUCAGUUUAUCUCAACUUGCUUUGGAGUAGAUCAGACUCCUGAUGACUCAAUUCUUACGAAGACAAUCGAUUGCUGGUUGACCGUUGCUCAAGCUAGGGUACAGCAUGGUAUGCGGCAAUGGAGCAGCUACUUCAAUAGAUACGACCAAGAUUCCUGGCCGGCAUUGAAAUCGACAGAUCAAACGCGCAAGUUUAUGCCGUAUUUUAUUUCACGGUUGAUUUCAAGUGAUCCAACGUCCUAUGAAGAAUGUCGACCUCACAUACUAACGUACUGGAGUGCGUCACUUGUGGAACGCGAGUUAUUCUUGAAAUACCAACAUGAUCUGAUGAACGCCCUCCUGAAUGAAGAUUACAAAAACCCUCUCUUCAGAAACCUACCAUUCGCAGCCAACCGAACAAGCGGCAAAUACGAAAUAACGUUGACGGAUUUCUGUCAACGGCGAGUUUCCCUUAUUUCAUGUGUGCUCUCGAAUAUGCGGGUGCACCUAUCCGAGCUUCCGCCUACCCAAAUCUACGCUCCUAAUGGAUUCGGAGAAACAUACCAGGAAAUGAUACGGACCAUGAUGGCAACUAUGAAGCAGAAUUCCGAAGAAGCUGGGAAAACAGUGCUACCGGGUUCCUACGUUGACUUUGUCCAUAGAGUUGUCGAACUUCUACAGGUGCAUUCCGAAGAUAUAUAUCCUGUUGAUAAAUACUUCAUGGAUCCAGCAUCGUUCCCUCUACCAGCAUCUGACCCGAAUUACGUUGUUGCCAAACUCAAGAGAUAUGCAGGGCGGAUAUCUGGUGGCAGCCGGUUUGCAAAGCAGCUUGUUACUUAUAUCCAAGGUGUCUCCGAACGAGCGGCGGUUGAUGCACAGCAGAGUUACCUUGCAGGCCAAUUCUACGAAGCCAUGUCAGAUGCGUCUGAAGGAGGAGGCUAUGAGAGGCCAUCUCUCCGGUGCUUCCUUCUGCAGUGCGUUAUUCCCGAAUAUGUCGCGGUAUCAAUCAACAACCCGACAGCAUGGAUUGUCGCCCGUCCGCUUAUCCAGGCUACGACUCGUAUCUUCUCCAAUUUAGUCAUGUCAGUUGACUGCACUAAACCAGACGAGGUCAGCAUUGCUAUUACUUCAAUUACGGCAUAUUUCGGCGCUGUUUACACUGUCCUGCAAUAUCCCAUCAAUGACCCAAGUCUAUUGCAAGAAUCAUCUGUGCUACUCACUCUCACAUCCAUCUUUGAGAGCAUAAUAGCCUCUCUUGCCAUGGUCGACUAUCUUGACCGAUUGGGCCAGGAAGCUACUGACCUAUUAUCCUACAUUGAAUUCUUCGGACAGACCGCGCUAUUUAGCCUCUCUUCUCUCCUCGACCCCCCAGCCCCCAACAUACCAUACCUCCGUGACCUCACUUCUAACUCACCUGAUUCUCAACAUGUCAGCCCCCCAGCUUUCUUCACUGAGUCUCGAAACUUUGCAGCUCGAGAACUUGAAUCGUGGCUCGAAGAAAACUGGACAGUGCAUGAGGGGAAAUAUUUUGUCCGGCGUGGACAGCAAUACACAAGGAUUGAUGUCAACCUGGGCACUCUAUCUUCCGAGGUUGCAAAAACGGCUUUUAUACAGACCAUCCAGGCUCUGUUUGGCGCCAUAGAAACCCUAUGUCUUUUCUAA